ACGUCAGCAGUUCAGCACCACUGCGCUGUCCAGCGUCUCUAGUCCAGCAAAGGACCGUCCACAUCCCGCGCGCUCAACAUUUCUAUCUAUUUGUAUGCGUGUAUCGUCUUUAUCCGUUUGAAUUAACAUUGUAGUAGAAAGAUAACACCUGCAGUGGGAGAUCAGUGCAAACCACAUUCGCUCCAUACGGAGUGAAUUGUGCUGAUACAUUGGAACGCGAAUAGCGGAACAACAGGAAGUAACUGGCUAUGCUGUUUCUCUUGGCUUCAGUUUUUUGGGGGAGUGUUGUGCUGCGGCGCUGUCCGUGACAUUGCGUCUUGUCGGAGAGGGUGGGAGAGCCGCCGAGACGACGAAGAUGGCGGAGAACCCCGUCAACAGUGCUGUUAAUACAACGACAGGGCAUGGGAUGUUCUGGAAAGUUGACGGCCGAACACCGCCCAACACUGUCACAAGACUAAAGGGGUUAAAGCUAUAAACCACGUCCAUUUGGCAAAUUAAUUUAAUGGGAAAUCGAUGGAGCGAUCUACAUCCGCUUUAUUUGCGUGUGACUGAUCUAAGCAUCGUCUGCAGAAUCGUUCUCUAUGUUACAGUACAUGUAACGGGUUCUCCAGACCAAACCAAAAUAUUGCUUUCGGUGAGUGCGACACAAAGACAUGUUGGAAUAUCGUGGUGGCAGACAUUUGUUAUGCUAAAGUUAAUGAUAGAAUAGAAUAAUAAUAGCAUAACUAUGAUAUUUUAGAUAUUUUUAAGAAAGGUGGUUACCAAACUCAAAAAUCGCUUCCAUUAGAAUUGUAUGGGCACAAGACAUUUUGUGGUCCACAGAAGCUUUUCAUUCAUAAGUAGACUGAAUAAUUGUUGGCAGAGUUUGUGGUAUGGAGACAUUCAAAGAGUCUUAAUUUGUUAAAUGUGUUAUGCCUGUUCUAACUCCCAAUGUUCAUACAUGAUAGGAAUGUGUUAAUUACCAUUAUCGGUUGUUUUCAUUUCUAGUGCGAUUUAGCAUUGGUCCAUCGCAACCAUUUACAUUGUCUAUCAGAGUCUGUUACUUAUGUAUUUCACGUAUAUGUGUUUCAUCUUUUCUGUAUUUUCUUUGCCAUUAUUACUAAUAUUUUCUGUGGUGGUGUUGUGUUCAUAGUCCCCUCUGCUCUUACAGUAGAGCUCAUGUGUGGAGUAAAGAAAAUGUUAGUGUGCAGACAGAUAAUGUGUAGUUUAUCCAAAGACACUUUAUACAGAGAAAAAAAAAAUUGUGUUCAUGUGGUUACUGUAGCUGAAUAAUGUAAUGUGUAGCUCUGAAUGCAUGGCUGAUGUAAAAUUAUUGAUUCUCUUUGCAUGUGGAGUGUCUACAAAGCAGAAGUAAAAGAUCCAGAUUACAGCUCUUGGUUUAUAACCCAGUCCAGAAAUCAAUGGGCUGUUCUUUCUUCCAAACGCAGCACAUAACCAAAUGCUCAAUGUAUGUUUUAUUGCAACUGUAAAGAUGUACAAAGAUUUGCUUAUCUGUCUUAACCUAUCUGGCUGACAAUCCUUUUACAUGAAUCUCCCUGACUACCUGUGUCUGUGCAACACAAUAUUUUCUGAAACAGCUGCUAAGGUUAUGACAUCACCUUUAACUCCUGAAAAGAAACCUCAGAGCAAUGGCAAUGUCUCGCCAACAUAUCAGAAAACAAACCAUGGAAGCCCUUCGAUAAAACACAAUAAAAUGUUAAAAUUCCCCUUCUCAUUCUUCUUCAUCAUCUCAUGAUUCAAAGCUGAUGCUCUGACUCCACCCACUGUCACAGAGAAGAAACCUCAGACCAAUGGACACCCUUCACCAUCACGCCAUUCAACCAAUACCAAUGCACAUGCAGGUAAACAAUACAUGGAAGGAUAUUUGAAGACAGAUGAUAGGAUGAGACUUGCCAAGGAGAGACGUGAGGAGAGGGAGAAGAGUUUGGCUGUACGGGAACAAGCCAUAAAGGAGAAGGAGAGACGUGCUCAGCUGCAGUAUGAGAAGACGGUGGAAGAACGCUGGAAACGUCUGGAUGAACAAAGACAGAAGGAGGAGCUUCGCAGGGCUGCGGUAGAGGAGAAGAGAAGACAACAGCUAGAGGAGGAGAAGGAGCGUCUGGAGGCUCUGAUAAGAAGGUCAUUGGAACGGAGCCUGCAGCUGGAGAACAGGAACAAGCGCUGGGUGUGGGGUCCCAAUGGCCCCACUCAAGGUGACUGGGAGAAUGCCCCGCCUCCUCUCUCUGCUGCCUCCGCCCUCCCUUAUGACCUCGCUGCCCCCUCUCCUGCUGCCAGUGAAUCAGGCAACGUGCCCUCGAGUCCCCACAGAUCACCAUAUCGAGGGUCACCAAGUCGCCGCAGAACCAAUAUUGUGCCAGCAGAGGAGUCAAGUGGAGCUGUUAGUGCCCCCAACACCCCAAAGAAGGAGAAGUUGCGUAGAGAGAGGAGAACCGGCUCUCCGGCCACAGGCUCACCGGUGAGGCAAAAUAAAUAUCCUGCUGAUGUUAUCCGGCGCUCCGCUUCGCCAGCCACACCAAAGUUAUUGCCCAAGAGUCGUACUCAGUCACCCUGCACACCUCGACAGUAUCCACCCUCCCCUAUGAAACACAAAACUGGCACCUCGGCAACUGACAGCGACAAGAAGACAGAAGACAAGGUCAUAGACAAACAAACUGAACAAGUCAAUGACCUUAAGGUGGGCAGACCGGUCAAGGCCGAGGUCCAUCAGAACAAAAUCCCAAACAAUGAAUGUUUGGAAAAGGCACCAAAAGUGGAAACACCUAUUUCCUGUACACCACCUCCAGAAAGGAGAACGUCGAAGAUGGAGAGCCCUAUUAAUGGUGCAAAAGAGAAAAAAGGUGUUGCUACCGAAAGUCAAGAUAAGAGGAAUGGCAAGACGGAUAUCCCAGAGAAGAAACAUCCCAAAUCAAGCUUAAAUGAAGUGACUACAGAGAAAACUGCAGACCCCUCACCUUUAAACCCUGCUGGCAAGAUGGUCGCUGGAACGACAGAUGCCGAGGAGGCGUCCCGUCUGCUCGCGGAGCGCAGGCGUCUGGCCAGAGUUGUGAAAGAACAGGAAGAGAAACUGCAGAGAGAACGAGAGGAGCAGGAGAAACUUAAGAGCGAACAGCUGAAGAAGAGGCAGCUGGAGGAAAGAGCUCGACAGGAGGAGAAGAUCCGUCAAGCGGAGGAGGAGAAACGCAGACAAGAGCAGCAGCAGAAAAAGAGUGAGCAGGUGGAUAAAGAGAGGAAAGAGAAGGAGAGGCAGGCUCAAAUGGAGAAAGAGAAAGCAGAGGCAGAAUUACGUGCUCAGAAAGAUGCAGAGCGUCAGCGUCAGGGCAGAGAGCUUUUCCAACAACAAGAAGAGCAGGAGAGACAACAGCGAAAAAAGAGAAUCGAGGAGAUAAUGAAGAGAACCAGGAAGAGUGAGAGUGAGAUGAAGGAACCUCCAUCUCCGGUCUCUCCUCCAGGUGGUGUCAAUUUGACCUCAAGUGUAAGUGCCCCCCAAAAUCCCCCCUUGAAAAGUCAAAUAAACAUAAACUCUGCUGCAGUGAAAACAAUCGGUAAAGAAAAGGAAAACAUUGCCAAACAGGAGAGUAAACAGGUGAAAGAAGAGGUCAAAGGUCAAGUAAAGCGAGAAGAUGCAUCUGUGGCAAAGGUGCAGGAAACCCCACCGAAGACUCCAUCUCAAAUAACACAAGUAAAAAUUCAAAGUGUUGUGACAACACACGGCAACCUGCAAGUUUCCACGCAGAACAUACCUUCAAAUGCUCAACCAAAGCAGGACAACCACUUGACCAAUGGAAAAAGCCAAACUAUCACUCAGGUGGCCAAACAGGAAGCUCGUAACCAACUAAAAAUACAAAUUGGAGAGGCCUCAGCUCAGGGAGGCAAGACGGAAAGCACUGUGAAAAAAUCAGACAUGCCUCAUGCAAACAGACAAAGUGUCAUGGGGAACGCAACUGUAACUGUCCCACAAGCAAAGACCGUCCCUCAGCCCGGUGAACAUAGGCCCACAGUGACACAGGUGAACUCAAAGCAGCUGAUGAAGGACAUCCCACCAGCAUCCCUGAAGCCGGUGUCAGAGAUGAAACCCCCUCUCCCUGUUAUUCAUCUGGACACAUCGGCCCGGAAAAGUGGAAGAGUGCAGGAUUCUGCAGAUGAAGUGCAGUUCAUGGAGGUCAGUCCUGUCUCGAAAGAGGAGUUAAUCUCCAUCCCAGAAUUCUCCCCAGUAAUUUCUCCUCAGCAGAAUGGAACCAGUAACAUGCGCGCUCUUGAGGACCUCUUGGAUCUGACGGGGCAAAUUGCUUACCCUAGACUCGCUCCUGCAGCCAGCCUGGGAGACUGCAACAAGAAUCUAAUAGAAGGGGUCUGUAGCCCUGGCUCGGACUCGAAACUUAUCCCCACCCACUCUUCAGCCUCAGACAAACGGCAUGUGCUGUAAGAGCGGUAGGUUGGAAAGUUUGUAUACUCACCCACACAAAUAAGUCUGAUAGACACUGUUAGCAUGAACAAAAAUUGUAAUUUUCACAAUUAUCGUAUCGGAUACAUGCACCUGGCGGUCUGGCUAGUGACUAAUAACAUUAAUAAAGUAUUUAUAUUUUAGUUGAUUUAUAUUUAUAUUAAUCUAUAUUACUAAUUAAUGGUAUAAUAAUUGUAUUAAAUAAACAAUUUGUUGAAUGGGUUGUUUAACUUUGUUUUAAGCCAAGUAACGAUUCUUCUACUGGUACGUUAACCCAAAACAAUACUGGCUAGACACAUUUUGUACCAGAAAUUAAGUUUGGAUCUCAAAAGUGCACAAGUGUAGUAACGUUUAGGUUGAUGAUAGUAAAAAAAAAUCUAUUUGCUCACCUCAAUGUUGCUCCAAAACAGAUUUCUUUCCCACAAUUUCAUCCUUUCAAUAAAACAUAUUAGAGGUCAUUAUUGCUCAUACAGUAUAUUCAUACAAUUAUUCUUCGUUCGAUAGCUUGGUCUCCAUUUAUUGUGAUCCAAUGAAAAGUAAUGAACAUUACUAAAGAUGUUCUUUUUGUGUUCCACCGAAAAAGAAAGUCAUAUGGGUUUGAAAUGACAUGAGGGUGAGUAAAUUAUCAUAGAAUUGUACUAUUGUGUUAACCUCCACAAUGUAUACAAUGAUAUGGGUUUUAUAUGACACUUUUCUGUUUUUUGAACAGGUAAUGUGACAGAGUUUAUUGGUGCAGCAGGCUGCUCUGAAGACUUUUAUUCCCUUUGAAACUGACAAAAGGAAGAAUGUGCAACUGGAGAAGAAACAAAGGAUGAAUAUAUUUUUAUUGCUGCUGGGCAUGAAUGCAAAUUUAAACUAAUUUCAAUUUUCUCCUUAUUAAAAAAGAUAUUCUUUCGACUCUGAAUCUUUACAGCACAAUGUUUUCAUCUCCUGUUAAAGGUUUGGUUCAGUAUUAUCGACAGAAUUUAAAUCAAGUGUGAGCAGUCGAUAUGUGUUGUUAUGUAUGUUUAUCUUCCCAUCUAGAUGGCCAAAAUUGCUGGUAAGAGUUUGGACAAAAUACUUUGAUGGUUUAUUGGCCUUUAAGAUCAAAGUCCAACAUUUUCCUUAGAAUAAUUGAAUACAUCAUCAUCAAUGAAUACAGACAUUUGCUGACUAUACUCACAUUUUUGCAAGUGAAACUAUAUGGCGAACUCUUUGUAGUUAGAAAUACACGACAAAAAGGUUUCUUUGGCAUCUAUCAGUCUGCAACAGAGUAUUAUUCUGAUUUGUUUUAAGUAUUUGUGUGUAUUUUCUGCUUAAUUGACUAAGAAUCCUUGCAUUGCAUCACACUAUAUUGAACCCCCAAGUUUGCUGUUAAUGCUAGAAUUACAGGACAUUGGCUAUCCACAUCUCUCCCAACCAGCUGUGAUCAUUUUUCAGCAUGUAUCUUAGAAAAAUCAAAGACAGUAAGCCCAUUUUAAAGACCUAGUUUACACGUAACUCAGUAUAAGCAUCAUACUCUUGCUCAAAAGUAAUCACUGUGCUUAUCAAUGAAGUUUCAACGCUUCUUUGGAGACCAGUUUUACUCAAGUCCUGACAUCAAAGAAAGUGUUGUGGUAGAAAACAAUUUCCCAUCAAUGUGCAUUUACUUAAACAUUUGAAUAGACUAUGGCUGUUGUAGAUGUACAUAUUUCUACUGUGGGUGGGUAUGUUGAACUGUGGAUGAACAAAAAGCUUAUUUGAAAUUAAAGUGUCAAAAUUAGGCUGCAGGGUACCUUCAAAACCAAGAUUUAUAAAGGAAACUACACGUGUCGCCACUUCUGUCUCUACAAUAAUAGCAGUGACUUCAAAAUGUGAUUACUGAUGAUGUGCAUGGUGGCAUGAGCAUCAAGCCAAAAUUAUAAGCCUAGAAAUAAACAAAUAAACAGACUUU